UCCUGCCAUCCCCCUGGAAGAGUUCAUCCGCGAAGCGCUCCUCGCCGGCCAGUCAGCGCCAAAAAGUGCAGAGCUUCGGGACAAGAGUCCGUGUCCUGCCCUGCGCGUAACCUUUAACCCUUGUAUAUGGCAGUGACGAGCCGGUGCUUCGUCCCUUUCCCUCCGCCGGUGUCACCCCGGGAGUUUCGUGGGACACAAAGAAUCUGGUGACUCGAUUGCUCUGGUGGAUCGUCUCUUUCUCUCUCGAUCGGCUUUCCCCGGGCCUUCUUUGGCGGGAACGUUGAGGGUGGACCCUGGUGAACGUCGAGUGAAGUGUCUGGUAGCGGUGCAAUCGAUCUUAGUUCGCGGAAAGAAAGGUGUUGGCAAAUACGCGAUCGUUGAUGAUCGUUGGUCGUCAUCGGUAACGCACACGGGUGCGAGCGUUCCUUCGUUGACUGUGUGAUCGCGGUGUGUUCCGUCGGUGUCCAGUCUAAACUGACGAUAGAGAUGCGGAACCGCGAGUCUCCAGCGUUCUCCGGCGCUGUACGGGUGAACUGAUCUUCGGACCGAGAUCGACGAUAAGUGGUGGGUGCCGAGAUCCCUCAACGGAUUAUUUAUCGGUGCGUUCUCAACUGCGGAUUCGAUUGAACCUGGGCUCGACACACCGCUCGAUUCGGCUCGUAUCGCACGGUGAAAACGUACUCUCUAAUUGAAAUCACGCUUUGACAACCAGACUUUUUAGUCACACAGAUGCGAAUGCGUCUUGGAAGCAAAAAACGCAGCCGUCGCUGCUGGUGUCACGCUUAUCGUUCUGUCUGAGGCUGUCGAUUCGGGAAACCAGCCGCGAACCCCUAAGCCGGGAUAGGCUUAGUGGCACGCAAAAUGAUGUACUCACCGGACAAAAUGAUGGGGAGCAAGGGACUCCACGGGGCACCGAUCACCGCCCCGGGGUGCUUCCCCUCGGGGAGAUACUCGCCGCCGCCUUAUCGCGCCGCGCCGGAUCCGAUGCCGCCGCCACCGAGGCGAUGCAUGCCGAACUCUACGAGUCGUAUAUUCGAAGACGCAUCCAUUGUGUGCAAUUCUUGGUCACCGAGGCAUAAUGGUGAUUUAUUCGGUGGCUUAAACAGCGGUUUGCAAGAUGGCUUACUUUCAAGAGCGGAGGCUUUGGCAGCAGAUUUGGGGAAGCACAACGCCGGGACGCCGAUGCCGUUGAAGCACGAUCCCGUGUCUGUGUAUCAUCACGGAGCACACAUGCCUACCCCCCAUCCAAAUAACCGGCCACAUCAUCAGAUGAGCCAUCCAGGAAUGGAGAGCCUGGACAUGCUGGAUCCAGCAAACUCGAUGACGACGCUGACGCCGAUGUCCGAGAGCACGGGUGGCGGUCCGGGACAUCACGCGGGCAUCCACGGUCCCUCCGUGUACGGCGGCAUGAACGGUAUGAUGAGUCAUCACCAUCAUCACAGUAACCUAGGCGGCGGUGGCGGCAGCGUGCCGCAUCCGGCGCACCAUCAUCCGGCGAUGGCCGCAGCGGCUGCGGCCGCGGCCGCGGCGGGCCUGCAUCCCGACGCCGAUACCGAUCCGCGCGAGUUGGAGGCCUCCGAGCGAUUCAAGCAACGGCGCAUCAAGCUCGGCGUCACGCAGGCCGACGUCGGCAAGGCGCUGGCCAAUCUCAAAUUGCCGGGGGUCGGCGCGCUCUCGCAGUCGACGAUCUGUCGCUUCGAAUCGCUCACACUGUCGCACAACAAUAUGAUCGCCCUGAAGCCGAUCCUUCAGGCAUGGCUGGAGGAAGCGGAGGCCCAGGCGAAGAACAAGCGACGCGACCCGGACGCGCCAUCGGUAUUGCCCGCCGGCGAGAAGAAGCGAAAACGCACGAGCAUCGCCGCGCCGGAGAAACGCUCGUUAGAGGCGUAUUUCGCGGUGCAACCGCGGCCAUCCGGCGAGAAGAUCGCGGCGAUCGCGGAGAAACUCGACCUGAAGAAGAACGUCGUACGAGUCUGGUUUUGCAACCAGCGGCAGAAGCAGAAGCGCAUGAAGUUCGCGGCUCAACAUUGACCCGAGGGUAGCUUGUGACAGCAGAACUGACCGUACCAGUUGCCCAGUCUCGAGCCCAAGCCCGAACCUCUGACUGAGUUUCAGGGUUGGCCGUGAAAUGCCCAAAACUCUAGAGAGGUGGGCUUCCCCCCCAACUCUCCGUCGGUGGAUAUCGCGCGCGGUGAGGUGAUUUCGAGUCAUCGUCGAUUCGUCGCCGCGGCGGGAUAUCUAUCUGCGGCAGUCCUUUCGCGGCUUUCAAACAAAUGGCUCGAUGCUACGGGCGGAUACUAACGGUAUCGGUACACGAGGCUGUCACAGGCUGAAGUCGACGACGAGUCGCUUGUUAUCACUGCGCGUGUGUAAUAUGCUUGAAACGCAUAUUCUGGAAUCACCGGUUGCAGGGAGCUAUUCUUGACUCGUUUCGGUUCGCGAUUCUCUCUCCUCUUCGGCUAACACGAUUACCUCUCGUGACAUCGUACCACCGAUGCAAUGAAAUGCUGGUGACGCGUUUACGAAUGUUUCACGAUGGCUAUCGUCGCGAUAUGAUGGCAGUAAAUAUGAAUCCGUAUCGAAAUCGUUCCGAUCUAUAAAAUCGAUAUCAUCGUUUUUUUUUUCUCCCCUCCCGUGGAAUGGAAGUUGGGAUGGAAGUUGCAAAACGAUUUCUAACGUAGGGAAUGAAUCGACUUUUCAUUAGACUAUUAAUUGAUAAACCUCUAGACAACUUUGCUUUCGUGAAAGAUGACAAAAACCUGGAUCUUAUAUAUUCUAACAUUGAGAUUAAGCAAGUAACUUCAAACGCACACGCGCGACACGCCUCUUUAUUUCGUUCGAAAAUACGAGUAAUAUACAAAUAAUGCCGAGAAAAACACCGGUCGCUGCAAUAAUGCAUAAUGCUUUCAACGAUAUGAUUUUUAGAAAAUGAAAAAACUCCGCACUAGAGAAUAUAAAGCGCUUUCUUCGUAUUUUCAUUUACAUUAGCAAUAAGCAUUGUAGCGGAUUUGUGCUGCAAGAUAAUAUUAUAAAACUACAUAAAUACCGUCCGAUUCGCGCGUUUCAUUUGAAACGGGAUAUGAUGUUUGAUAUCUCUUUUAAGAACAAGAUUACAAAUAUACUAUAAAUAUAAUCCAGUAAAAAUUGAAAGUACGUUGUGAAAUAUUUGUUGUUAUUAAUUUAAAGAGAAAUUUUUUAAUAAAUUUUUUUAAAAAUCAUCUAUUAUACACUUAUACUUUAAUACAUCCUUUUAUCAUGGAUAAAAUAAAAAAUUGCUUAAAAAUUCGCGUUCAAUAUUAUAAAAAUUUAACCAUCGGAGACGCGAAAAGAGGCGGAAAGUGGAUUUGUAUCGUACAAUGCAUGAUUUUACGAAAACAAUUCGGCAAAAAUUUAAUUCAAUUUAGAUAUCUUCGUUAGUUCCAGUUAAUAUUUUCUCCCAAUUGUUCGAAAUAAAGAAUUUUCGUGCUUGCAAUCCGUAAAACUACGAGAUCAAGAAGUACGCUACCAACGAUAGCAAUAAAACAGUUUACGAUGCCAUUUGCCCUUCGACCCCUCGUCGUAUGACAUCCGCGGUUAAAAUCGCUGUUCGCCGCCGAUUUCACGAUCAUAUUUCUCGCAAACCAAUAUGCGAAAUCCUAUAAUCCAUGUAAAUGCACAAUACAAAUGGCAUUUCAUAUUUCUUCGCUAGAAAGUAAAAAAACUUAACAAAUAUUUCUAUUACAACUUUUGUUUAUAGCAUCACUUUUUAUAGCUGCAAAAUUGUAUCAAGGUUAAAAAGAAAUAAGAAUGUGUAAGAUUUUUAAAGCGUACAUUAUCACUCUUAGAUGUCGCAUCACAUUGCAAGAGAAAUUAUUUAUUAACCGAUCGAUUGGUUUAAAAUAAUAUGCAAAGAAUACCUAAAUGUUAAAGAAAAAAAAAACGUUCUAGUGCAUAAUUCUUUCAAUUCCUCGUCGUUCCUCGUCAUUCUAUCAUUGCAAAAAAAAAUUAACAGACAGGAAAACGAUUAGUAAAUAGAAAAGUUGGAUGUAAAAAAAUUUGUUGCGUAAUUUUUUCCGCAAGACGAUGAUAUCUAAUUGGAUGAGAAUGAAAUUUUUAAGUAUUCGCAUAACGUCGACAUAUUAUUUCUUGAUGCGACUGGACCAUCAUAUCGUUAACAAUCACGAUUUUAACAAUUUUCCGUCUCUGAGCUUAAUAUUUUAUCAAGUCAAACGAAUCGGUAACAAUAUUUACAUCGCAAAAUAACUCGUCGGAAACAAUCGUAAAUCACUAAGUCGCCAUUGCAAUAAUUUACUGAGCAAUAAUCAUUGAAGGCACGAUCGAAUGUUGGGAGAAAGUCCUGACAUUUUAAAUUGUUGAAAAAGCAUGAAAAAAAGAGAAAAAGAGAGAGAGAGAGAGAGACUUUUCGUCGUUCGUUUUUCACGGACAAACUUGUCGUGACAAGUGAACGGCGAAGAGCAAGGAUUACCAACGCGUCUUGAAAAGUACAAUUCGAAACAUAAAAUAUAAAGUACGUAUUUGUUAUAAAGACGACGCGCGGGUACGUCGCGCCGAAGAAAAAGUGAUAUUAAUCCUAAUGAAGACGCUCAGUGCAGUGUAAGCAGUGAAGAGAACGAUAGUGCGCGUGUGAACGAGUGAAUGUGUGUUGCGUAUGUAAGGAAGAAGCAAGGGUGAAGUUUAGAAAAAAAGAAAGGAAGGAGCAAAUGAGAGAAGAGAGAGAGAGAGAGAGAGAAAGAAAUGAGAGAAAGAAAGGAAGAGAGAAAGAUAGGAGAGAAAGAGCGUGAGAAAGAGAGAGAGGAACAAACUAACAGAGCUAAGAGAAAAAUGUUUUACGUAGUGAUAUUGGACAAUCAGUGAAAAGACUGUACCAUAUCAUAUUAAAGCAAUACUGUAGUACGUAGUAAACGAAUUAAUUAUACUCUGUUCGUAUUUUUUAUGAUCGUCCGCGCAUCCGCCAUGCGCCAUGCGCCGACUAUUUUCGUAAAAAGAAGGAGAGAGGGGAGGGGUAAAAAAAAGAAAGAAACAGGGCGAACGACACAACGAGGGGAUUGUUUUAAGUCUCGGUGCAUAUUCUGCUUUCAGACUCGACGCGAUUAAUAAUAAUCUCCUUAUUGAUCCGAUAUCAAGGAUGCGACCGGCGCUUACGCUCUGGUCUCCACUUUUGCGCGAGUCAACGCGUGCGCCGUGGAAACACGCGCGUUUGCUCACGCGACAUGCGUGCGUCGGGAAGAGGGUUUAGUUAUUUUUUUUUUUUUUCUCUUUCGAUUUUGUUUCCCGAUAAAAUACGGAUGCGGAUAAUCCGAAAUCGAUGGAUCUAAGUGUCUACGUGUCUAUCUCUUUCUGUUCGCCGACAUAGAGAAUAUCCGUCGGUAUCGCGCUGUUCUAUUGACGACAACGAAAUUCUCGAGUACGAGAUAGACAUCCUCUUAACGAAAGGUAAGGCGCAAAAGCGACUCGAACGAGAAAGCAUGGUCAGUUUCUGAUACGGUCGGAAGUCGAAACGGUCGUGCUGCAAGUCGCGAUUGUUAAAAUUUUCAGUGUCAUCUUCUAAAGUUGGACGUACGCGUUAGUGAUUCAUUUCGCAUCUGUGACUGAAAAUGCAUUUCAACAUGUUGAUACAUUCGUCGUUAAUAUACAUUAACUCUUUGCCUAAACACAUUGAAAACGUUCUCGUGUCUUGCAAGUUCAGUAUGUAAUUUAUUUGAAAAUUUAAAAAACCUGUGACGUUGCAUUUAUUUAAAGAAAAAUGAUGUUAACUUUGAACAAUCUUACAACUUUAAUAAAUAAAGACAAGGCGCAAUCUCGGCCACCGACACUUUUAAAUAUUACAUUGUUAGAAUUUCGUAAAACCAGUGGUUUAUAAAUAGAAAAAAAAAUACUUGAAAGAUAAUUUAAAGUCGCAAUCUUACGAUCAAAAUGAAGAGAGUUUGUUCAAUUUGGACGAACAUUGGAAAUCCAUUCUCUACAUUGGCAGGUCGAGAAGGGUUAACCAAUUGAAAAGUUGCCUUUAGAAAUCCGCCCUCUACUUUGACAGGUAGAAGAGGAUUGAGCAAGUGACAUGAGGUGGUAUCCGAAAUGUCGGCUUCUCCUUUGAUUUCAAAUAGAUUUCGUUUUAAGUUGCAACGUAUUAUCACUGAGCUCUGUAAUAUUAAUUAGAUUAAAGUUUCAUUCAUCAAUUCUUUUAUUCUAUGAAAAUAUAUCAUGCGUAAUCACAUUUCUAAUGAAAUCUUUCAGCAAACUCUAUGCAUCGAUUUGCUUAAUAAUAUUGCUUAUUUUAUUUAAGUCUAAUUUUCACUUUAAUUACUUGUGAUUUCUUAACCAACACGUUAUCGAUAUGAAAACCUGAUUAUUUUACUAUCAUAAAGACAGAUAAUGUCAUUCAAUCUUAACAAAAUCUUUUUCCACGAUUACUUUCGGAUGGAUUUUAGUUAAUGAUAAAAUAUUUUGUUGCUUCUUUCAAUUUUAAAUUCUGAAAAAAAUGUAUGCUUGUACCGAACAAUGAAAUGCGUAGUAAAAAUUGCAAGGAAAUUUGUCAACGAAACGCGUAGGUCUCGCGUAUAUCCAACAUUAGAAGAGUAUUUUGUUUAAAGAGGAUGAGACACAUCCAGGCAAACGAAAAUACUAGUAAUAGUUAAAAGUAAAAGUGAAAAACGGUAGCAGUUUUUAAAUUGUACAUAUAUAAGAGGAUAAGUAUUUUAUAGGAGAAUAAUAUAUAGCCUAUUUGCCAUUUUACUAGGUAGUGAGAAAGACGCUCUAGUGCAAUAUAGGAGUCUAGUGAGAAGUUCAUUAUUUAUUAUUCUCUUUCGUGUCCAUGGCGCGUCCAUUCCAGCAGAGCAAUAUCAGCGGAUUUAGCAAUAUCAGCUUCUAUCCACGGUCAUUGAAAACCACAAACCCGCCCUGCAUCGCGACCGUUUUUUUCUUAGAGAAAAAAAAAAGAAUUUAUUUUCUUACACACGCGACUGUUCAAUUGCGUAACGUAUCGAUUCGUUAGCGACACAAUUGUAUUACAUGUGUUUUCUAAUCACUGCACUCCUUUAUAAUUCAUACUGAAACCCUGGCGAGUUAGAAGGUUAGUUAAAUAUUGCGAUAAAAACCUGCCAUCUCUCUUUUAUUGUCUCUUAAUCUUGUUCUUUUUUUUUUAUGUUUUUCUUUGUAUGUUUCCCUUUAUUUUCAAUUGUAUAAAAGUUAUCGUGAUUAUAGCCAACGAUUAUAAAUAACGUUCUUGAUAAUGUUGUUGUUACGUAACUAAUAAAAUUAUGUAAAUAUGAUUCGUAACUCUAUGAAUUAGGUUAAGAAUACGUUUCACUUGGACAGAAUGUACUUCAAAUAAGAGAGGCGCCAGGAAGUAUGUAGAAUUAUACAUUUAUUACACAUGUUAAGAGAGAGUUGUCACGAAACAUCCGGCAUUAAUUACAUUAAAUUUGCAUAACAGAUUUUAUAAAAUCUUUUAUUUUCCAAAGAAAUUAUUAAAAGUUUUUACGCCAAAAACAUGAUUUAUAUAAAAAAAUGUUAACAUUUUUUUUGUCAAAAAAAAUCAUCGUUCUCUAUCAGCAGUGUUUCAUGGGAAAAGAUAAAAACAGGAAAUGUAUAAGCAAGGACAGAAAAUAAAAAAUUCCAGGAAUAUAAAAAAGAAAAUAAAAAAUUAAUUAUUCUAUUAUUAUUGCGAUAUAUAAAAAUAUGAAAAAGUACUAACACAAAUUCCAUAUACUUCCUGUAUAUUGCCAAAUUUUCAGCGUCACCAAUUAAUAUUUUUUAGCUUAAUCAUAUCGUUAUAUAUAAAAUAUAUACAAAUAAAUUUUUCCACCAUACAUUUUUCAUAUUUAUUCAAUUACUAAAUAAAACAUAUAAUUGGUUGUGAAUUACAAUUUAUCGCGCUUACACCAUACGUCAUGAUAAGUUUCGAUUUAAAUGAAUAUCGUUGUAUCAUAUGAAAAAUUACUUGGAAAAUUACGCAUCGCAUCAUUAUACGCGAAACGUUUUAUCGAAUGAAACAUCCUUUCAACGAAUAAUUCUUUGGUUUCAUUCACUCAAUUUUUUCUUAUCAAGAAUGUCGAAAAACCGAUAACUUUCAAAAUUAGCAUCUGAAAAUAAAAGACGUUCAACAAACUAAAUUUUAUUAGCUUUUUUUAUUAUAAUUCAAAGCAGAAUUUUAAUUUGAGAUCCGAAUUUAAUUAUGAAGAUAUGCAUUCACGAGAAUUAAAAGAAAUGUCGACGAAAGGGUUUCUUUGACAUAUUAGCCAAAAAAUUAAGAUAGAGCAGUUGAAAGAACGAACUGUGGUUUCGAGACACUCUGUAUACAUGAAAAAAAGUGAUGAACCGACGAUAACUCUCGUACGUAUAUGGCAAUAAAAGUACGCCUCUAUCCUUGCGUCAUCAUAUGAAACGUGAGCAUUAACUCGUCAAUGCACAGGUUUAUAGUAAGUAAUUAUCGUUUAAUAGAGCAAUAUUCUAAAAAAGAAGCAAACGUUUACUCUCUCAACGAAAAGGAAUCUCGAAUGAACAACGUUUAUGUUAAUUAAUAUUUAGUAUUUUUAAUUAAAAGAUAACGACGUGUUUUACGAAAUACUUGUAAUAAAUAAAAAUAUAUAAAACAUCCCGAGUGAUGUUGAAUGGUUAUGAUUUUCUAUUGCGUAAUAUAUAGAUAUCUCAGUUUUAAUCAAAUAGGCUAUUUAUGAGUAAGACUGUAAAAUGGAAUAGAAAGUCUCCUCAAGCGCAAGUAUAGCGCAAAUAUACAUGUUUAAUACAGGGUAACGAGUCAUAUCAUAAUGUGUUUUAUCAAUUGUUAUCGUCAUGAAACUGCACUUAAGAGUCUUGCCAAAUGAUGCGAUUAAGCACACGCGACGUCGACAAACUACAUACGUCGCAAUAACGACGUUGCGCAGAUUUGCGCGUCUCCGCAAUACGUUUCUAUAUUAAAUCGUAGUUUAAACUAUUUAUUCCGGAACACGUGCAGGUGUAUUUCUUUCGUUGAUAAAAAAAAAAUUAUCGGAUAUUUUUUAACGAAUUCCUUAACGUGUCUGUCUCUGGGAAACAUUAUCUCUAAUGCUUUUUCGACCAUACAUGAUCUCGAAUGGUAGAAAAUGUUACGUGUAAAUGUAUAAAUUAUAUCUGGUUAUAUUAUUUAGAAAACGGUCAUUAAGCGUUCUCGCUACGGCUCACUGUAGCUUACUGCAGCUAAUCGAUUGUCGUCAUCGAGAAAUUUAUAUUUCUGUCUCGUGGAGAGAACGCUUCGUACCUACUUUACUGGGAAUUUUUAAUUUCUGAUAAAAUCGGUCGAUACAUUUACCAGAUGGUUUACCCAAGUCGAGCGCGAAUGAAAAAGUCAGAGCUAUAGCGUUCCAAGAGAUUCCUGCACAGUCCUACACAAAAGAUAAACUAUCCAAUGUUUUACGUGCACAGUCGAGCAAACAGAUAGUCACAGAAAAAUAGGUUAAAGUGAAAUUAACUCAACAUCAAUCAUUUGCAUUCCACAACUCUUUCCGAUUUAUCCUUACGAAUAUUACCGUAACGCGAAUUAUCUAACCGGACGAACUACGGCGAAAAAAAAAAAAGAAAAUGAUCGCGUUGUACCGUCGUCGCAUGGUACCCUAUAUACGCGUAAACAGUGAAGACUCUUACGUACGUCUGUUUAUAAUUUAUUCAUUUUUAUGGCGAUUGCGCGGAUCAUCAACCGUCGCCCCAAAUAACCGCGCGGCACGAUUUCAACCGAAAAGUAUUAACGUCAAAACGUUACGACGGGAGCAUAUUUGUAUAAAGAAAUAUGAAAACUAAAUAAUUAAUAUAAAUAAUUAUUAUCAGCAAUUAUAGAUUAAAUGUUUAUACAUAUAAAUUGAAGGGGGGGAAAAAAGAGCCAAAAUGAAUUGUUAAAUUUAAAAGUCUUACUCAUAGGUGUUCACGUGGCCAGCUUAGGUAGCUAAAUUUUACAUAGAGUGACGCGCGAUGUCGUUAAGAAAAUUUCACUCAUCAUUUGAUUCGGAAUUGCCAAAGUCGAUAAGCAAUCUAUCGCUCCGAUUGACUUAAAAAACAAACAAACAAAAAAAAAAGAAAUUAGCUACAUGCCGUUUCGUCGGACGACAUCGCGUCGAUUCCUCGUUAUUCGGUUCGUUAAGAUACUUUACGCGUAAACAUUUAUAACAUAGAACAAACGCAACUCUCUCUUUAAAAACUAUUUUAAAUAGCAUCGAUACGAUAACGUAAGAAAGAAGUAGAGGAUAUCUAUCUUCCAUUAUAAGGAGAAUCGCUUUCGUUCUACAUCUAUUCGUUCUACACUCUUUAUCAGGCGUCCACGGCGCUUAUCUAUGCAUUUACAGACUGGUAAAAAAAAAAAAAAAUCUGAAACGAUCGCGAAUCGUCAUUUGUAUAAUAGAAAUAACACUACAUAUUUAUGUUUACACUAUGUCUACGUACAACACAUACAACGUGUCCCAUAAUAAUUCCAGAUGUGUCAGAAUAUGAAUCUAUAUGUGUGUAAUAACGAUCGACAAAUCAUAAUCAUAAUUUCACAGCGAAUUAAAUUCUUAUUAAUCUCUAUAAAUUGUAAUUAAAUGCGCGAUCAGUGUAAAAGUGAAACGCUAUUUAUGAGUAAGACUGUAACUAUCGCGAACGAUAUAAUAAUAUAAUAAAGACAUAUCAUAAAAGAUACUAGUUUAAUUGUCUUGUAGAAAUUUCUAUGUAAAUAUGUUGCGUGCAACUUGGAGCAAUGUUUCAAGACUACGUUUAUGUAUAAAUGAAUCAUAUAUCCCAUAGAGCGAGCUGUUUGAUGUUACAUUCUUCUUUAUUUGCUUAACAGACGCUUAUGCUCUUACAUUAUCAUAGGCACCUUCGAGGCUCUGUACAUAAUCGACAAAUUGUACGAAUUGUAAAUCUAUUUGUAAAUUACGUAGUAUUAAUUAGUUUAUUAGUUGAAUUAUAUUCGCUUCUAAUAUGUAGCAUAAUUCGCGUAAGUACACGCCCUCGUUACGUUGCGUAUUACGUCUCAAACAGUAAAUUAUUUUAAUUUUGAAGCGCGUAUUAAUAAUUUGCUUUAACUAAUAACGAUAUUAACUUCCGCAUGUAGUUUCGCCCAUUAUUAUCGAAAUGAAACAAAAAAGGAAAAAAACGUAUUCUACGUGUCGCAAAUAUAUGCAAAUAUAUCUGAUAGCAACAUUUUUUCACAGAUUUGUAUUAAUUCAUAAGCAUAUGUUAUGCUUCUUAAAACGUACCAAAUUGCGCGCAAUGUACGAUAAGGGGAAAGAGAAAGAUUCCUCCAUACUGUACAUAUCAUGUGCCAUAAUUCAUUUACCAUACUUUGUGUCCAACUUUGUUCCAAGUACCUACUCAAUUAUAAAUAUUAUAGUACAUAGUAUAAUAAAGUAAACCUUGAUGUUAUUGAUAA